GUAACUUGUUGUAUAGUGCGAGUGCCGCUUAAAUAUUUGUCUUUCCUUUUUAUUGAACUUUCUGGUUAAAUUCCUUGUAUUGAUAUAUAUAAAAAUCUCGGGUUAAUGGCGAAUUUUCCUACAUUGGGGGCUCAACAAGAAACCAACCGAAAAAUUCUCGAGGAUCUACAGUUGAAGAAGCAACUAUUGCAGAAAGGCAACAUACCCGGUCUAGGUGCAGGAAUAUCAACAAAUACCCUUUAUCAAAUACCUGCAAGUCAACUUUUGCAAUCCUCGGACUUUUCUCAAAGUAGUGGAUUAGCAAACGCACCACGCUCGGUGUUUAAUGCAACAACAUCCACUACAUUAGGAUUCUUUGUAUCACAAGAUUCUUAUUACGGAAACACUUUUAUACCUGUUUUACCCCGCCUUGAUCCUGCGCCACCAAUGAACUAGAACUAUGGCGUGCAUAAAGUUGAAAAAACUGGAGGAGUACUUAAAUGGUUUGGAUAGUUUUGAAAAACCGAAAAUAAAAUUAGAACAGUACAUUACUCCCCCGCAUAUAGCAAGUUGUGUGCUCUACAACAUACAGGUCUAGCAGUAAAGAUGAACAAUUCAUAAAAUAUAAGUAAGGACACAACCA